AUGAAUGUGAUAUUGAGCAUAGACCAAAGCACCCAAUCCACGAAGCUGAUUUUCUUCGAUGAAGAAUUGAAUGUGUUGCUUAUAAAUAGUCUGAACCAUGAACAAAAAUGUUUCAAACCCGGGUGGUACGAACAUGACCCAGUUGAAAUAAUUAAUAAUUUGUAUACCCUGAUGAAUGAUGGUUUGAAGGCUCUUAAGGAAAAGUACAAAGAGGUAGUAGUAAAAUGUAUAGGAAUUACAAACCAGAGGGAGACGGUGAUCAUAUGGGAUAAACGUACAGGCAAGCCUUUGUACAAUGCCAUUGUGUGGUUGGACACGAGAGUAGAAGAUAUGGUUGCUGAAUUUUCAAAAAAGUAUAAUAAUGAUUAUUUUCAGCAGAAGACAGGAACCUAUUUUAAUACUUAUUUUAGUGCGUUCAAAAUUUUAUGGCUAAUUCAGAACAACACAGAGAUUAAGAAGAAGGUGGAUGAUGGAUCUGCCAUCAUAGGUAACAUAAAUACAUGGCUGAUAUACAAUUUAACAAAUGGAAAUAGCUACACAGAUGUGACAAAUGCAUCUAGGACCCUGUUGAUGAACAUCAACACAUUAGAGUGGGAUGAAGAAUUGUGCAAAAUGUUUGGCAUUACAAAUAUGUCCGUUCUUCCAGAAAUUAAAUGUAACAGUUUCAAUUUUGGCGAGGUCGUAUGUGAGCAAGUACCUGAAUAUGCGGGUGUGCCAAUUACAGGGUGUAUUGGGGACCAACAGAGUGCAUGUAUAGGACAGGCUAUUUUUGAUGAAGGAGAAGCUAAGUGUACUUAUGGUACUGGUGUUUUUUUACUUAUAAAUACAGGAUACAACGUGGUGUAUUCUUCUUGUGGUUUAAUUACAACGGUGUGUUACAAAUUUAAUGAAAAUGAUCAGGCGAAAUAUGCUUUGGAGGGUUCUAUAGGUACGGCUGGUUCAGGUGUAUCCUGGUUGAUGAAGAAUAAUUUAAUUUCGCAUCCUAGUGAAGCUAGCUAUAUUAUGGAAAACUGUGAAGACACAGGAGGGGUGGUGUUCGUACCAGCGUUUAGUGGUUUGUAUGCCCCUAGGUGGAGAUCAGAUGCCAGGGCAUGUAUAACGGGUAUGACAUUCAAUACGGAGAGGAAACACAUUGUUCGAUCUCUUCUAGAAGGAAUCGUUUUUCAGCUGAACGAAAUUGUGUACUCGCUCAUCUCAGAUAUGGGCAUAGAAAUGCUCCACGUGUUACGGUGUGAUGGAGGAAUGACAAAGAAUAAAGCAUUCAUGCAGUUCAACUCGGAUAUUAUAAACACAAAAAUCGAAGUGUCAAAGUAUGCAGAAGUAACUGCACUGGGGGCUGCUGUGCUGGCUGGUCUGGGGGUCAAAAUAUGGAAGGAUUUAGAUUCUGUUAAAAGUUUAAUACGGAAUAGCGAUUCUACUUUUAAUUCUAAAAUGGAUGAAAAAAAUAGAAAGCAGAAAAUUUCCGAGUGGGCAAAGGCAGUCGAAAGGUCACUUGUGCAGAUGUAG